CUCUAAUGUCCAGUAAAAGCAACCAGCGUGGAGAUAAAGUAGUAAAGGGAGGAAAGAGCGACACACUUGUCCAAAAGAGUACUGUCAAUAGUUUACUUAACCGAGCCAUCAAGUUUCGAAAAUCUCGUUAUGUCGAUCAAAAGUUUGAAUUAUUCAAGAAAAAGUUUGCACCUGUCAAUGGUACUUCGGGUGUAGUUCAUGCUACCUCUGCCUAUGAUAAUAUAUCGGGCGGCGGUGGCGGUGACAAUAUUGCCGACAAGAUUGACGCCAACGGGUUUGAAAGUCCUGCAAAAGUACUUUAUUCAAAAGAUAAACUCAAUCAGGGUUGGAAUGAUAUUCACCCUGUUGGAUCAGGUUUAAAAGAUCUCGGCCAUCUUUCUUCAUUGAAUGCUGUGCUUCAAGUUUUGACUUAUACACCUGCCUUGGCCAAUUAUUUGUUGGAAAGAAAGCAUAGCGCCAACUGUACUGUUCAGGAUUACUGUUUCGUAUGUGCUGUAGAGGAACAUGUUCGAUCAGCAUUAAAGGGCUCGCCCUAUGCUCUCCAACCUCGUGUAUUUGUAGGAAAAUUAAAAAAAAUGAAGAAUGGAACACCGAAAGAUGCCUAUGAUGUUUGGACGUAUUUCAUGGAACAAAUGCAGUCAUUUUUAUUAUCAGAAAAAACAUCCAAAGACAAACUUGUAGCAGAAACUACAGCAUUAUACCAAAUCUUUGGUGGUCAUAUUCAAAAGCAUCUUGAAUGUCCUGCUUGUAACACACCUGAAAACACGUACGAUUCCUUCCUUCACUUAAGCUUGGAUCUCACACAAUGUAGCUCCGUCGAAAGGUGUUUGACAAGACAUUUUAAAGCUCAAGUGGCCGAAUUCAAAGAAUGUUUAAGCUGUCAGAAUGAGGGUGAAUUGACUGGAAAAAAAUCCGUAUAUAGACCACCCAUGUCGCUUGCUAUUCAAUUAAAGAGAUUUAAUCAAGAUAGAGAUACUACCAAAAUUAACAAAGUAGUCAAAUUUGACGAAACAAUGGAUAUCAGUCGUAUCAUCACACCCUCUGAAAAAGACAAGGUGAACUUGAAAUAUAAUCUGUAUUCAAUCAUUGUUCAUACCGGCGAUACAAUCAACAGUGGGCAUUACAUGACCUAUGUAAAGAGUUCCAACGGUAUUUGGUACUGCAUGGAUAACGAGAAUGUGCAAGUAGCCAGUUUAAAAAGAUUAAUGGAAGAGAAGCCAUACAUGCUCUUUUACACUAUACCACCCAAGGUUGAAAAGAAGGAGAAGAAAACUCCUGUUCGUGUCGAAAAGAAGGCUGACAUCCCAGUAGAAGCGGAAAAGGAGGAGAUAACUGAACAAGAAGAGGAAGAGGAAGAGGAAGAGGAGGUUAUGCUCGAACAGGUUGACGAAGAGGAAGAAGAAAAGGAAUUAGAAAAAGAGAAAUUGCGUCUAGCUCUGGAAGAAGCCUCUACCAAAGAAAAGGCAGAAAAUGCAGCAGCUAUUGUAGUUUCACAUGACGAAAAUAUGAAAUCCAAGCGUGAUAAACUUGGUGCGUUAAUCGAAAAGGAAAGUUUACAAAGUAAAAGUGCGCAAGUCAAGGACGAUUUAUUGGCUAAAUUACAGAGUAAUCAAUACGAAGAUAAUAUCAGUACUUGGGACGAGGAUGUGGGAGCCACUGUAGAACAAAGAAAGUCUGUCUUGAAGCAAUUCAAACAAAAAAGAAAGAGAGUUGACAUUUAUGAUCUUGAUUAUGAUCGCGGUAAAGUCAAGAAGAUUAAAAAUAAGCAAGAUGAUAAAUUCGACAAGCCAAAUCUAUUCCAAAUCACUGCAGAAAAGACUGCAGAUAGAAUUAAGAAAAACAAGGGUAAGCGUGUUGGCAAGACAUAAAAAGGGGUGCUGGAUUUUCCACCUCAAUGUUAAUUAGGCCCAAUAAGCAAUUUUGGAUAUUUUCUUCUACAAAAAAAUAAAGUUUUCUUUUUUAUUGGCGGAAUAGAGUAUUUCACCAAU